UGGUUGGGGGCAGCUCAGGCACCUGAACACUGAUGUGAUGCUUGGCUGCAGAGGGCAGCUUCUUGGGGCUUCCUCUGUGAUAAAAGGUGAAGUUGCAGAACUGAGGUGGUCACUCCAGCCCACUCUGCCUUCUCUCUUUUUUUUUUUUUUUUCCUUCUUUCAAAAAAGGAAAGGUGGGGGUAAGCUGGUGGUUUGAGCUCCAGCAUUGCAUAGGCAAAGGAGAAACACUCCCUUUUUAGAAGCAAAAUGUUUGAGGCUGUUGCUGUGUAAUUGAGGUUUAAAUAAUGGCUGUUUCCGGAAACCAAAUGCAUCCUCACGUGGUCUCUGCUAACCUGUUUAAAGAAGACUUUUGUUCAUGUUGUGGUAGAUGAAGAGUCUGAGCUUGCCUCCUUGAUUUACCUCCUCCUUCUCUGUUGAGUUGAAGUAGGAGGCACAAGGUGUGUUUAUACCACACAGAAUCACGGGGCAGCAGAAGGACCAAGCAGAUGACAUCCAGAACCAGGGUGUCCAUACAGCUCUGCUGACUUUAGCAGAGAUUAAUGGGAAGAAAAAGUGGAUAAAGAGGGAACCCGGAGGAGUCCAGCACCCAUCAGUGAAGGUUGACCACCCUGGAUCCCUGUUCUAGGGACCUCAAGCAAGGAUCCUGACUGAUGCGUGUUUAGUACGACCUGACUUCUUGAGGCAAACAAGCAGUUCUCUGAAGGCCUGUCCCCUCGAAGCAGCACAUAGGACAAGCUUGGCAACAAAGAGAUAUAUGGGACACACAGACGAUUAAAGACUAGAAAAGACACUCUGCAACAAGUCCCAAGAUUUGCAAAGGAAGAAUUGGAUCAAGCAGCCUGAAGACCAUGGAGGGAGACUGUCUGAGCUGCAUGAAGUACCUGAUGUUUCUUUUCAAUUUCUUUAUAUUUCUGGGAGGAGCGUGCCUGCUGGGAGUUGGGAUCUGGGUCAUUGUGGAUCCAACAGGUUUUCGAGAGAUAGUGGCUGCCAACCCUCUGCUCUUCACCGGAGCGUACAUCAUGCUGGCUAUGGGAGCGAUGCUCUUCCUGCUGGGUUUCCUCGGCUGCUGCGGUGCCAUCCGUGAGAACAAAUGCCUCCUCCUUUUUGUAAGUUUCUUCAUGUUUAUUUUGUUAAUCUUCCUGGCGGAGCUCUCAGCUGCAAUCCUGGCUUUUAUCUUCAGAGAAAAUUUGACGAGAGAGUUUUUCACCAAGGAGCUGAAGAAGCAUUACCUGAGGAACAAUGACACGGAUGUCUUCUCUGCCACCUGGAACUCUGUUAUGAUCACGUUUGCCUGCUGUGGAGUGAAUGGACCAGAAGAUUUUGAAGCUGUUCCCCAUCUUCCAAACUCCUCUUUUGAAGAGGCAACACCAGAGGCUUGUUGCCAGCGAGAACUCCAGAGCCGGGAAGGGAUGUUUGUUAACAAGGAAGCCUGCCUCACAGGCAUCGAGAGAUUUCAGAACCGACAGGGCUGCUACACCGUGAUCCUGAACUCCUUUGAGACCUACGUGUACCUUGCAGGAGCCCUUGCCAUCGGCGUGUUGGCCAUCGAGCUGUUCGCCAUGGUCUUUGCCAUGUGUCUCUUCCGAGGGAUCCAGUAAGAGGCAGCCUGUGAACCAACACAUUCCCCACAUGCUCAGAAGAAAGAAGGAAAAUCAGAAGAAACAAAAACCUGAAAACAUCCAAAAAACUUUAUUUUUUUUAACAAAACGGGGUAGGGGGGAAAAAAGGAAAAAAAAAAAGAGGGUUGUAAUAUAUGAAUGACCAAAAGGAUUGUACUUCAGGGGCUGGAACUUUGAGGUGAUGUGCACUACACUGUACACCAGACCCUUGCCCAGAGCCACCCGCAGCAGCCGUGGAGCAAGAGCCCAGUGCAGCUGAUUGCACUAACGAAGGACAGAGCCUGCAGAGGGGAGCGCGAGGAGGAGCACGACUGCCUCUCCUGCUUGUCAGCGCAAGGCUGUGCCUGCUGUUUGCAACUUUAUCAUGCUUUAGACACAAAGGACUGAAGAACAGCAACGCAGGGGCUGGAUAAGGCAGCAGGUUGGCCGAAGUCUGUGACUGCCCAGGUGGGUUUGAAAACAAGUGGUGGUGGUGGCGGCUCCUCUAAGAAAUAGGCAGUUGUUGCUUGCACGAUUCUGGUUUUAAUUCCCAGCCACAAAAUGAAAACACACAUGCUUCAGUGGAAGCUUUGCCCCUAUCUCCUGAAACUUGUCAGAGAAGUCAAACACUUCAGUGAGUCUGGCUUUUCUCUGGAGCCUCGAGCAGGGGCACAGUGGUCUCGCGUAGAAAUGGGACUUGUCUAAGGCUGGCUGAUGGUCAAGAAUUUGGUGCCUACCUUUCCGUUUUUGGAUUUACUGUUCGUUGUUGUGAAAAAGAGAGCAAGUGGUUACCUGCUGUGUUCCCAUCCCCUGGGAAAACUGGUGGCUCUGGUCAAGAUUAGCUGAUACUGAUGCCUUCCUGAGAAGGGGAGGAAAUAGCGUUUAAACCUUGUCAGCCUUUGCCUUUCACUUUGUACUUGCAAAAAAAUAGUUCGUGGUGCUCUGUUAGCAUAGAUACAGUGCAGUGGACUCCUACAUGCUUUCCUGCCCCAAGGGGAGUUCCAGGCACGGUGCUGGAUGGGAGAGGCUGAGGUUUGUCAGCCACUCCCCUGCUGCUUGCCUUAAAUCGCCUUGGGGCGUCAUUUCUGCUCAGGGGAUUUCCCCUGAGGUUUUCCCAUGGGCUCACAACGAAAGCAUCAAGUCAGAGUUGUUUUAGCCUGUGUGUUAGUCGAGAGCAUUUCCUCACUUGAGAAAGUUGUUAUCUACCGAUUUGCUUAGAAGUGAACUUGAGAAACGUGCCUGGGAGUGGGCAUUGGUGGUCAGAGGCUGAGGUGGUGCUGAGGCCCCAGACUGUCUCUGAGAGCACUCUGUGCGGCCGAACCGCUCCGGCUGCUUCUCUGCUGUUGGUGACUGCUGACCCACACAGGUCACGGCUUCCUCUCUUCUGGAAGCCUCAGCCCCUGGUGGCUUCGUUACUCAAGAGCUCGCUCCCUGACCUCAAACUCUUUGGUCCCCCCCGAAGCACAGCGAGGCUGUUUUCUUGUUUAGCUCGGGCCUUUUCACAGUCGCAGAUUGAGGAGUGCUUUUAGAGUUAAACCAGCCCCUCUGAGAGCUGUAAUCACUGGCGAGGGUUACGGAGGGGGAAGGCAGCAGGGCUCCGCGUCCUUGGAGCCCUCCCAGGGGCACCGUGCCGAUACACGUGCAGAGGCUGCAAGGCAGGGUGGCAAGCGGCUGAAAGACUGGUCCGUAGUAAACAAAGCUCCUGGCUAAAUGUCCAGGUUGGGGAAUCGGGGGUACGAAGGAAGAGGAAGGAGGCGUGAGAGCUUUUCCAGGCUUCAUUUGAGAACAACAAUUUGCUCAGCAGCAGGAGGGGGCCCGGGCAGGAAGAGCAGCAGCCCCCCUGCACUGCCAUGAGUAUAUUGCAGCAACGGAGUGAGGCCAGGAAUGCUGAGUGGCCUCAGAUGUUGCAUUAAACCUCGCGGAAAGCUUUUCUGAACGAUUUCCCUCUGGACCUGUUUUUAAUGAUGCAUUUUAGCAUUAAAUUCUGGUCUGUUGUUUAAUGAAGGAAAACAAUUUUGCUAGCCAAAAAGCAGCAGUGUUUGUACCCGACAGCAGGUGCUGCUCUUAAGAUAGGGAAAAAUCUGUUGCAUAUAGUGAUCUUACAGGGAAUGGGCCGCCAGGCGAGCCAAACUUGAACACAGGAAAGCUUAGCUGUUCUGCUUCUGCCUCAGGAGCUAGUCAGUGAUUGUUCUGGUAGAGCAAUUCACAAAGGGGGGAACAAAACCGUGAGCAGAGCUAGUAACUUGGAUGGAGGUGAGCAAGAAAAGCAAAAAUUGCCACCCCAUCACCCCUCCAGUUUGUUUUUGUUUUUUUCCUUUGAGCUUGUUUUGAGAAGUACUGGCUGUCUCAGGGCAGAGCCUGGAAGG